AAAGAUGUUGUGGCUAUCGUUAUUCGCUCUGCUGGCCGUGUGCCAGGCGGAGACCCUAGUGCAGCUGCACGUGAAUCGUCCGUUCAACGAUAUCAGCGAGAAGUUCAUUAGUUUUGCGGUUCGUCCGGAGGAUCUGUACGAUGCGCUGGAUGGCAAGAAUCGCAAGGCUGUCACCUGCAUGGCUGCUCUGCUGGGCGAUGCCUAUGUGAAGUUCGUGGGCGACUUUUACUUUGCCAGCAAUGUGAAGCAGCGUCUACGGAAUCCCACCAAGAUCAUAUGGAAGGGCUUCAAUCGCUGGACACGCGCUGUCAACUGGACCAUGAUUAUACCCGUGCCCUAUGCGCCCGACGAAUGGGACUCGAUGCACACGCUGAAGAUCCUGAACACCUCCUAUAUGGUGGGCAUAACGGACUGCAUCUGGCAGCUGGGCACAGACUUUGGCACGUCGCGCGCCAAGGACUACGUGCAGGAGCUGAACACACUCAAGCUGAUGACGGAUACGUUUAAUCCCUAUGUGGACAGCUGGCGUGUCAUGGGCGCCGACAUUUCAGCCGGCAGCUGUGCUGAGGAGACGCGCAAAUACGUGGACAUGUCGAAGGAUGUGAAUGCCGCCUUCGGCUGGACGCAACCCGCCAACAUGCUGCCCACCAGCAGCCUGGGAAGCUACAUUUAUAACAGCGAUCCGGCCCUGAAAAUUCUGCAGCAACAGCGGGUUCCGCUGUGGCUAACGCUGCCGGACGAGCGCAAGGGACCGGAGUCUAUAAACAAUCGUUUGCUGGGCGAUGAGACCACGGACGCCUUGCGCUGGGCCCAGACCCUGGGCGAUGCGGCCAGCGGCGGCUUCGAUGUGGUCUUUAAGCGCAUGUCCCUUGAGGAUUUCGAACGACCCAACUUUAGCUACUAUGUCACGGCGAUCUUUAAGAAGGUGAUGGGCUCUCGAGUGUUUCCGGCGCGUCCCUUGAAUGUCUUUGCGCCCACCAACAAGCUCUACACGCAUUGCGCCAAUGCUGUCUCUGGAGGAUUGGCCUUCAUGGUGGUCAAUACGGAGGAGCAGCCCACCACGAUUACCGUGCGUAGCACGAGUCGUCUGUCGAACAGCGACAUCUGGCAAUAUGUGCUCACUUCGGACAAGGGACAGAUGCGCCUGAACAAUGUGAAGCUCUCCUUAAACUCCACGCUGCGUCCGCAGGUCACUUCGAAGGACUCCAGCAAGAAACUGCAACUGAUCACGCCCAGCAUGUCGGUGGGCUUCUGGGUGCUGCCCAGCGUCAAUCUGGAGCACUGCCAGUACUCCGAAAUCGAAGCAGACAGUGUCAGCGCCGAGAGCUCAACCGACAGUCGACAUGCCGAUGGCUACAGCUCCGCCGAUCGCCUGCUGCAGCGCCUGAUCGAGGAGACGGCCGUCUCGCGUGGCUCGUUGCAGAGCUCGCUCAAUCGCCCGCGACGCUUUGUGCUGGAUAACCCGGAACUGGAGGUGCCGGACACGUGGCUGGGCCGACUGUUGCAACCGUUCAAUCGCCUGCCGCUGCAGAAGCCUGCAGCAGUUGCUCCCGUCAAGCGUCACGUGAAAAUUGAAGUGCAACCGAAGGCGCAAGCUGUGCGUCCCUGCGAGGCACUCAACUGGCUGAGAAAUGUUAUGGAACAGAGCAGGGAUGCACUGCGCCAUCGUCGCAGCAGGCGUAGUUCAAACGACUACGCGGGGCCCUUCUUCUACAAUCGGCAAGGCAAGAAGACGACGGUGACCAAGAAGAUAACCGAGAUACGGAAGCCGGAGCGCAAGGUGAAGCCACUCUUCGAUCUGGCCGAAUUCGAUGAGGAGGAGUUCUUCAAGAAGAUGGGCGAACAGCCCGAACCACCGCCAUACACCCGCCUGCCCGAGGGCGACGUCCAUCUGAAGCACAUUGAGACUCCCGACGGCGAGGAGAGCGAAAUGCAACCCGAACCCGAGCCCAUCAGAUACAAGAAGCGCAGGCCUUCCAAGUCCAAGCAGUUGAAGAUUUUGCAACGUUCUCGGGAAGAGGAGGAAAUAGAGGAUGUGCCCGAAGCGUCCAAAACUCAGGAGCGUCAAAAGCUGCGUCUACUGCCCACGGAGUUCUUCGAGGCUCUGCCAGCCCCGGUGCCCAAGCAGACUAAACGCUUGAAUCUGGGCGCCACCUUGAACUCGUUGCUCUUUCCCGAGCCCUUCUCCAACAAGGGCACCGUGAGCAAGAGUCAAGGCAACAACCAGAGCAAGCAAGUGGAGGAACCGGAGCCGGAUGUGGACAGUGUGGAGGGUGAUAGCAACAGAAAGCGUUCAGCGAAGACCGGAAAUGCCGCCACCGACUUUCUGCAGGCGCAGCGCGAGCUUGGCAAGCACUUCCUCAGCCAUAUCCAUGAGCACAAUGAGCACGAGCAGCAGUUUCCCAUGGGCGAUGAGCACUUGAGAGAGCAGUCAGACGACGACGAGAGGGAAGUUGAGCCACGGAAGGCGGCCAAGCCGCUGCCAGCCAAUGACAAUGAAGAGGAUUACUUUAGUGCCAAGGCCAGACCUGUGCCUGCGCCGAAGCGACUGAAGAAGCUUGCCGAAGAGAGCAUCACCUCCUGGUGGGACAUGCCAACAUUUAGACACCGUCGUGCCCUGGCCCAGCCGCUCAACUAUGCUGACGCGGCUCUGAGCUCGAACAUCAUACACAAGGACGAUCAGCAGGAGCUGCUGCCCCUGGGUCGUUAUUCAGUCUACGAGUACAAAGUGGACCUGCCCACGGUGACGCCUGCCAGCGAACCAGAGCAGCCCGAGGCCAAAAUCAUGAAGAUCAGCCCAAGCCCAAGCAAAGCGCAAGGCUCAAGCUGUCGCAAGAUCACACUGUCCGACAACAUUGUGACCACCGUAAAGUCCAGGGUAUCCAAGUUCAUGAGCAUUAUCUCGCGGCAUAUGAACGAGUGGUACAACACUCUGGCGAAGCAUCUGGACAGCGAACCAGCCCACGCACGUACCUCCUCCGUGCGAGUCGAGAACGCCAUAGACAAAUGAAAUAUAUUCUCAUAGCUUGGAAUAAGAUUUCUGCUUGAAAAAAUCUGCGAAACUUGAUGUAAAUAUGUAUGUAUAUACAAUACGAGGUUGGUCUGAACA